GAAGAGACCCAGGGGGCCAGAGGAGAACAGGUGGCACUGGUCAACAUGGAACUUCUUGGGUUGCCUAACAUUGGCAACACUUGCUUCCUUAACGCCACCCUGCAGUGCCUCCUGGUCCUGCCGUCCUUCUCAAAGGAAAUCCUGCACCAGGAACAACUCUGGAGCUCCUCCCCCUUCUCCAACCUGCUCAGGUGUCUGUUUGAUGUGCACCGUUCGGGUCUACCUGACAGUGUGGCAAACCAGGCCUCAAAAGCAGACCUCUUGUGGAAGGUCAAGUACUCCUUGUCGGGAUACGAUUUGAAGUAUCUGGGGGACACACAACAGGAUGCACAUGAGUUACUUGUCAAUAUGCUGUGCCAGCUGAAGGAGGAGGGCAUGAUUCUGAAGACACUCGGGAUGAACUAUACCUGCCCUGUUUCCCAGCUGGAGUUCCAACUUGUGUCGGUGCGCACAUGUACCAGCUGUGGGCGCGAGUCGUCUACCAGAGAGGACUACAACCACCUCUCAUUGGACUUCAGCCCUGAGCGCACCUUGCUGAGCAGCCUAGCACUCACUUUCAAAAGUGAAAAGGUUGAAUUCACAUGUGAGGGCUGUAAAGGCCUCCACGCCUCAAAGGUGGAGCAGUUCCACACACUGCCUCUGUGAGUUGUCCCUUUAUAACCUCUCAUAGUACUAGCAGUGUUUAAUGUCCUGAGUCUUUAGGAGUAGUUACCUUCCUGAGCAGGUUGUAGGACUUAGAGGUGAGCACCACCAAACAAAUUUCACUCAUCUGUUACUUUGUUGACUGGUUUCAUUGUCUGUCUGUUCAUCUCUCUUCCUCUCUGUUUCUGGGCAGUGUGCUGGUUCUGCAUCUGAAGAGGUUUGGAGGACC